UUGGAGGUUAUUGACAAUAGGCACCCGCGACCGGUGAUGUGGUUGGACAUACAGUCAUAUGGCAUACAGCAGACAAGAGGAGAGCAGAUCAGCUCAUUGUUCCAACACCCAAGCACGUACAUAAUGCUACACAUGUAUAACUAGAGGAUCUAAGUCAUUCAGGGGUGCACGUGCGGACGCGAAUUUCUUCAACUCAAAACUUGAGCAAGCAGUAGACCAUAGAGCAUCAUGUCCCUCAAAGUACCGCGGCCUCCUGGCCAGCAGCUAUUCAAAGACGGCUAUCGCUCCUCGCAGGGCGUCGAGGAUGCCGUGCAGAGAAACAUUGCCGCCGUACACGAACUGACUGAAAUCUUGCGUACAUCCUUUGGCCCGAAUGGACGCAAUAAAAUCAUCAUCAACCACCUCUCCAAGGUCAUCCUGACGGCCGAUGCAGCGACCAUUAUGCGUGAACUCGAAGUCAUUCACCCAGCAGCAAAACUCCUGGUGAUGGCGAGCCAGCAGCAAGAGGCGGAAAUGGGCGACGCGACCAACCUCGUCAUCAUUCUUGCCGGAGAAUUGCUUGCCCAGGCUGGUCAGCUGCUGACAAUUGGCCUGCAUCCCUCAGAAGUCAUUCAAGGCUUUGAAGUGGCCGGCAAAUUUUGUCAAGAGACGAUUGAGCAGCUGGCAGUGGACGAUAUUGGUGAUUUGCGCGAUGAAAAGCAACUCGCCAAAGCCGUCAGAACUGCUAUCGGUGCAAAGCAAUAUGGAAACGAAGAGCUACUCGGUGAGCUUGUGAGUGAAGCAAUCCUCGCUAUCCUCCCCAAAAACCCGGCCAACUUUAAUGUCGACUCGAUUCGUGUCGUCAAAGUGCUCGGUUCCAGUCUGCAGCAAUCUCGCGUCAUCAAAGGUAUGGUCUUUCCACGAGAAGCAGAAGGUGUCGUCAAAAAGGCAUCCAAGGCCAAGGUUGCCGUUUUUACAUGCCCACUCGACAUUUCACAAACAGAGACGAAAGGCACAGUCUUGCUUCACAACGCAAAGGAGAUGCUGGAUUUUACAAAAGGAGAAGAGAAUCAGCUCGAGGCGAUUGUCAAGGAAUUGUACGAUGCUGGUAUUCGCGUUGUGGUGACGGGAUCUGCCCUGGGUGACCUCAUGCUGCACUACCUCAACCGAUACGGCAUCUUCGUGAUCAAGGUGCUCUCAAAGUUCGACUUGCGACGUCUGUGUCGCGUGAUUGGCGCUACACCCCUCGCACGCGUCGGCGCGCCCAUGCCAGAAGAGACGGGCACGGUAGAUGUGGUUGAAACGAUUGAGAUUGGCGGCGACCGCGUCACUGUGUUCAGGCAGGAAAAUGAACAAACCAAGACGGCAACGAUUGUGAUUCGAGGUGCGACCCAAAAUCACCUGGAUGAUAUCGAGCGUGCUAUUGACGAUGGCGUCAAUGUAGUCAAGGCACUUGUCAAAGAUUCACGGCUUGUGCCUGGCGCUGGUGCGACAGAAAUGGAACUCCUCAAGCGGAUCGAAGCACUGGGCGACCGAACACCUGGCCUGCUGCAGCAUGGCAUCAAAAAGUAUGCACAAGCUUUUGAGAUCAUCCCCAGGACAUUGGCAGAAAACGCCGGCUUGGAUGUUUCUGAAGUGCUUGCAAGGCUGCAUGCAGCGCAUUACAAGCACGAGCAUGGUCUGAUUGGGCUUGAUGUAGAAGAGAGCGAGACGGGCAUGGUGGAUGCGAAAAAGGCCGGUGUGCUGGAUGUGUUGGCAGCCAAGGCAUGGGCCAUCAAACUGGCGACCGAGGCUGCGUUGACGGUGCUGAGCGUAGACCAGAUCAUCAUGAGCAAAGUGGCAGGCGGGCCCAAGGUGCCACAGCAGUCUGCGGGCUGGGACAACGACGAGUAGGCGAUGUAGCAUGCUGUAGCUGGUUAAGUUGCCCUGAACAGGUCGCCAACAACACGAAACCCCGAAA